AUGGCGCCGGUCCCGGCUCUUCUCUGGCGAUCGCUUCGAGCGCAUCAGGUUUACGGUGCGAAUACUGAUGUUGGAAAGACGAUUUUCAGUACGAUUCUGUGUAAUUCUGCGGUCAAGCGGGGUGAUAAGACGUGGUUUUUGAAGCCGGUUUCUACUGGGGCUGCGAAUGAGGCUGAUGGAUGUUAUAUUCAACGAUAUGCUCCGUCGACGAACCAUGAGACGCUCUUUCAAUACGACAUUCCCUGCAGUCCUCAUAUCGCUGCAAAAGCAUCUGGCAAGCCAAUCCCAUCCGAUGAAGAUGUUCUCGCCAAGAUCUACGACACCACCUCUCGAUACGCGUCGGAAGGUUCAGGAUGGCUGUUCCUAGAGACUGCUGGCGGCGUCCACUCACCCGGUCCAUCUGGAACGCCGCAAGCUGAUCUCUACGCUCCAUUGCGUGCGCCAGUCAUUCUCGUGGGCGAUUCAAAGCUCGGUGGCAUCUCACAGACCAUUUCAGCAUAUGAGUCUUUGCGAAUGCGCGGUCACGACAUUGAGUCAAUUCUUCUGUUCCAGGAUAUGAAAUACGAAAACUACCAAUACCUUCGGGAUUACUUUGGAAAGCUGGGCGGCAUUUCAGUCGACACAGUUCCUGAACCGCCUUCUCGACUCGACAAUGAACAGGAAGACAUUGAGCAGAUGAAAGAGUACUACGCCUCAAACAGCAACGUUGACCACGUCCUCGAAGCUCUCGACAAACGAGGAAAAGAACGCAUCUCCCGUCUCGAAUCAAUGAGCCAAAAAGCAAGCAAAUCAAUCUGGUACCCCUUCACCCAGCAAAAACUCGUCACAGCAAAUACAAUCUCAGCCAUCGACUCAGCCCACGGCGAUUAUUUCCAAGUCCUCAACAAAAACUCCCCCAAUCUUCUCCAACCCGCCUUCGACGGCUCAGCAUCAUGGUGGUCCCAAGGUCUAGGCCACGCCAACUCCCGCCUCACCCUCGCAGCAGCCUAUGCAGCCGGUCGAUACGGACACGUAAUGUUUGCCGAGGCAAUCCACGAACCUGCAUUAGCGCUUGCGGAGAUGCUCCUCAAAGGAGCCAACAAUCCACGAUUUUCACGUGUUUUCUACUCUGAUAAUGGGAGUACUGGGUGUGAAGUAGCUGUCAAGAUGGCGCUUCGUGCGGCGAGGCUUCGUUACGGUUGGGGGCCUAAUGAUAAUGUUCAUAUUCUUGGACUCAAGGGAAGUUAUCAUGGAGAUACUAUUGGUGCUAUGGAUUGUGCUGAGCCUUGUGUUUACAAUGAAAAGAUUGAAUGGUAUGAAGGUAAAUGGGUUGUUCAGGUUCCAGAGGGUCUCCGGGAUGAUUUGGGGCAAGAUUCUCAUCUCAGAUCGAUCUCGGAGGUUUUUGAUCUCGAAUCCCGGUUCGAUACCGAGCAGUACCGAAAGUAUGAACGCUAUAUCGAGAGCGUUCUCUCGAAACUGCAAGCUUCUGGUCGCAAAUUCGGCGCUCUCAUGAUGGAACCGAUAAUUCUCGGCGCAGGAGGCAUGAUCUUUGUUGAUCCCCUCUUCCAAAGAGCUCUAGUGGAUGUCGUCCGUCGAUCCCCUCAUCUCUUGGGCAAUGGUUCCAGCCCACAAGACCCACUCUCGUGGUCUGGACUCCCGGUAAUUUUCGACGAAGUUUUUACCGGGCUAUACCGCCUCGGUCGGUUUACGGCGGCGUCAUUCCUCGGCACCGAUGCCGAUAUUUCUGUCAACGCUAAACUACUUACGGGAGGCCUUGUACCGCUCUGCACGACCAUGGCGUCCGAGAGUAUUUUUGAUGCGUUUGUUAGUGAUGAUAAGAGCGAUGCUUUGUUGCAUGGACAUAGUUAUACGGCGCAUGCUGUUGGAUGUCAAGUUGCAGUUGAGUCUGUGAAGGAAAUGCAGGAUAUGGAGAAGAGGGGGGAAUGGGAAUGGGCGGAGAGUGAUUGGGAGAAAGAUACUCAAGCUUGGUCUGUUUGGUCUCGAGAGUUUGUGAACAAUGUCUCGCAUAACCAGCAGGUUUUGGGUGUCUGGGCUCUUGGAAGUGUUUUGGCGAUUAGUUUGCGGGAUGAUGAUGGUGUUGGAUACAAGAGUUUGGCUGCCAAGAAGCUUCAAACUCAUUUGAGAGAGGGAACUGGGACUUGGAAUGCUCAUAGUCGAGUUCUGGGAAAUGUCUUCUAUGUCAUGGCCAGUCAAAAGACGAGUCGACAGAGCCUUCAAGAGUUGCAGGGAUUGUUAUUGGGGGCUUUGAACAUCGAAAUGAGUUCAAAGAAACUGUACGAAAAGACAAGAGAGCAGUCAAUCUCGGACUUUGAAGCGCAAACCAAGGAUCUCCAAAAAGAGCACCCUGAUGUGGACUUUAAAGCAGUCGUCAUUGAACCAACCAUGAAUCUCAUGUUUGACAUCAAGGAAAACCUCACGGAAGACGAGCGAAAGAAACAUGAAGAAUUGAUCACUCGAAUGCUUCAAAAUACCAGCAAUCCAUCCAAGGCGGAGAAAUACCUCUGGCAGGCCAGAGACUACCUCAAACCAUACCCUGACGUCCUCAAACAAUUUGAUGAUAUCUACAUCAACCAGAGACCUAUCCCCGUCAUCGACGAUUUAACCCCCUACAUGUCCGAUUCAGCCCCUCCAACAGACAUAUCAAAUGGAAUGGCAAAUCUUGCUCCAACUCACGGUGCGCCGCAAAAUACCUUCACUCCCCCUGUCAAUGCGCUUGAUCCUCUGUCACUGCAUGGAUACACUCAGCAAGCGACACCAACGCCGCCUGCAAAGGUUGGUGGGAGAUUUACGAGGGAGUCGGUGAGGAUAUUGAAGAAUUGGCUUGCGACGCAUCAGAACCACCCGUAUCCUCGAGAACCUGAACGACGAAUGCUUCAAGAGGAGACUGGGCUUACAAAGACACAAAUAUCUAAUUGGCUAGCUAAUGCUAGACGGCGAGGAAAGAUUCCAUCGAGUGCUUCUUCGCCUAGACAUAGUGAUACGAAAGCGAUGGAUAUACCGCCUAGACCUGGGACGCCUGCUGUGAGGAAUACGUCUGAUAUGGAUCCUUUGCAGAGAUGGGUUGAUUCACCGCCUGAAGAUGAACCUGCUGCUGUUACUGCGAUUGCAAGAGCUGUAGCCUCAGUGCGGCCUCAGUCAGCAUUCCAAUGCACAUUCUGUACCGAGACAUUCCGAGCAAAACACGAUUGGCAGCGCCAUGAGAAUUCGCUGCAUUUGCCUCUGGAACGAUGGGUCUGCAGUCCAGAGGGACCCCGUGGACAAAAAGUCGAUGAUCCCGAAAUCCGCUGCGUUUUCUGCGGACAUGUCGAUCCUGACGAUGCACACAUCGAAACACACAAUUACUCAGCCUGCAAGAAUCGCCCGGUUCAAGAACGCACGUUUAAUCGAAAAGACCAUCUCAAUCAGCAUCUCAAACUGGUCCACAACGCCAAGUUCGCCGAGUGGCCUAUGAGACAGUGGAAAGCUCCCCCGCCUGCAAUUCAUUCCCGAUGCGGUUUCUGCAAUCUCGUUAUGGAAACGUGGAUCGACCGUGUACACCAUCUAGCUGAUCAUUUCAAGACGGGCAAGACUAUGGCUGAUUGGAAGGGUGAUUGGGGAUUUGAACCGCAUAUUCUAGAACUUGUUGAGAACUCAAUCCCUCCAUACUUUAUCGAAACUGAACGAAAUAGUCCUUUCCCUUUCGAAGGAAGUCGUGCACUCGUUGAAACGCCCCGAACGGCUUAUGAACUACUCAAAUUGGAGCUGGCGUAUUUCAUGCAGAAUCACUUUUACAAACAUGCGCGUAUGCCGACCGGAGACGAAAUGCAACUCGAAGCGUGCCGAAUAUUAUUUGCCUCUGAACCUCUAUCUCAUGCCGAUUUAGUCUGUCCAUCCUGGCUUCGAGACCUUGUCUUCUCCAACGUUGGAAUCUCCCAGCAAGCUCAAUUCGGACCCAUGCGAUCAAACGCCGAGAGCCGACUUUCUUCGUUGGAAAUUAGUGGAAAGAACAAUAUUUUCGAAGGAUGUCCUUUUGAGACUCAGCUGCAAGAGUUUGUGCAAGCGAAACAACUCUUGGGGCUGAGUAUUAGGGAUGAUGAGCUGCGGGAAGAAUGCUGUAGGAUUGUCGGUCGAUUGGAGGAAGUUUCGGCAACACCGUCUGAUUUCAUCGCCAAUUGGCUUAUUAAAAUCAUUCAUUUACCUGGAGAUUGGCUGCUACCGUUUCGACAACGUACAGGAAUUGAAUUGAUUGGGUUAUCCGAGGGAAUGAACUUGAACGCGAUGAUUCAAGACUACACCCGUCUGGAGCAGGAACUGGGUGCUUAUCUCGACUUGCAACGUGUCAUUGGUCUUGAACCGACAGACGACGACCUUCGCCGACAAGCGCGCGUUAUCAUCCACGGCUCAGACUCGAAUCUGAAUCAUACAGCAGCAGAUGACGAUUACUGGCUAGCCGCAUUCCGACAACGACAUUCCACGACGACGGAGAACCCCGAGGCUUGGAACACGCCACUACGACCAGAUCCCCAUCUCCUCGCAGCACGAGGUCUCGUUCUCAAAACAAGUACAGCUUUUCUGAACGAUCAUAAUUACUGGCGAUGGUUCACACAGGAACUACGACGAUGGGUAUCUGCGAUAAUGUCCCCUCAUAAUCCCGCGAGUCGUGUUCCCUCAGAUGAAGAGAUCCAACAUUACGCGCGAUGGAUCAGCUACAAUGAUGACGACCCAUUUAAUCAAACUAUCGCAGAGAAUAAAGAUUGGCUUGAAGCGUUUAAACGGGAUGUCGGUAUUACAGAGGCGCUGACUGGUGGCGUAUCAUAG